AGACUUGCUCACUUCAAGAUGUUUUAUUUACUGUGAGAUGCUCAUUAUCAUCAAAUACAAAUACUGCAUGAUCUCUGAGAUAUUUGAUCUCUGAGAUAUUUCAUAUUUUAGCUUCAAGUGUAGGAGUCUAGCUGGGCUAAUUUGUAAAGAAGCUUCCUGGAACAAUUUGAAGUGCAAAAAGGGAAGAAGUAGAAAAUGAGGAAGAAGAAGAGGAAGAGUCAGAGCAGAGAAACUCAGCCGAGAACACCGGAGAGAAGAGAGCAGCGGAUAAAUGGCAACAAGAGAGACGGUCUGUCGACAUCAUCGAAUCAGGAUGUUUGUUCUUAUCUGGGGGAUUCUGCUCUCAUCAGGUGCAUCAGUUUGGGGAAAAAGACACUGUCAACUUAGAAACUUCUGUAUCACUCUUAGUGAAGCAGAUAUAACAGCAGAGGCUGGACUCUGUGUCGUGAUACCGUGUUCCUUUACUACUGAUAAGAGCUUCACACCCCAACAUAUAGUUUGGUACAAAUGUGAUAAAUCUGAAUCCAAAUGUGUCGAUUCUGACAUUAUAUUCCAAACCAAGGAGAAGAACGAUGUUCAUACUCAGGGACGGGUUUCAUUGUUGGAGCCUGAUGUGAGUCAGAGGAACUGCAGCAUCUUCAUCAACAACCUCACCGAGUCAGACUCUGGAGGGUAUCAGCUCAGAGUUAUUAAGAGUGAAACCGAUGGAUUCACAUUCUCUAGAAAAACUACUGUGACUGUUAAAGGUCUGACCCAGAAGCCCUCAGUGAUGAUUCCUGCUCUGACAGAGGGGCAGCCGACCACACUGACCUGCACUGCUCCUGGUCUCUGUUCUGGAUCUGAUCCUAAAUUCACCUGGACAUGGAGAGGAGCAGGAGAGAAGGACUCUCAGAUCACAGGAAACAUCACUGCUCUCAAGACUGAGGAUCUGACUGCUGUCACACAGAGACACAGCUCCACUUUGACCUUUAACCCUUCAGCUGAACACCACAACAACAAUGUUACCUGUGAGGUCAGCUUCAGAAACAACAUCACUGCAGAGGAGACUGUGACUCUUAAUGUGACCUAUUUGAAGAAACCUGUGAUCACUGGAGUAACUACUGUGAAAGAUGGUGAUGAUUUGAAUCUGACCUGCAGCAUUGAAAGUUUCCCUCCAUCUGUUAUCACAUGGACUAAACAUGGUUCCAUCAGAAACCUGACAAAAGAAACCAAAAUCAUCCUGGAUAACAACACUGGAACAGCCACUCUUACCAUCCGUAAUGUGACAGUAGAUUAUUCUGGACUGUACGUCUGUAAGGCAAAACACCAGAUCCCUACUCUGAGCACACAUGCUGAAGUAAAUGUGACAUUUCUUCCAAGGAUCUUCAGUACCUCUGGAUGUGUGGUUCAGUCGGAGGUUCUGACGUGUGUGUGUAUCAGUGAGGGGUUUCCUUUACCCACCAUCAAAUGGCCGCUGUUAGACGCUCACACUGAAUACUCUGUCACUACCAAUUUCCCAAACCAUGCAGUCAACCUCAGCAUUACUGUAACUUUAAAAGAUCGCAACUACACCACUGUCGAGUGCAUCAGCAGCAAUGACAUUGGGGAAGUAAAAGAAAACCUCAAUGUUACGAGAAAAGUGGUCGAACCAAAGGAUCCCAUCCAUAUUUUUUUUAAGACUUUUAAUCUGCCGCAACUCAUCAUUGCAUUUUUGAUUGGGCUCCUUGUUUCAACAUCCAUCUGCUGUUUGGGCAGAAAAUGCCAGAGAAGAAAACAGAAGAACUCUGAAGAAAUCGCUGAGACUCUGGAGAUGAUCAGUGCUGGUGAAGCCAUGCAAAAUGUUGGGACCCAAGACGAAGAGGCAGCUGAAGGAGGAGCUGUGGCUCCACCAAACGAUGACGGGGUACCAAGAGAGGUGGAAUACUCUAACAUUGACUUCCGCUUGUUGAAAAUAAAGUGUCCCAAUGGGCCAGAGGCUACUAAAGAGACCACAGAGACAGAGUACGCUGAAGUUAAAAGGAAAGGGGAGAGACAUGAUGAUGGUGGACAGGAUGGUGAAAAGGUGGAGGGCAACGAAGAGGUAGAACAGUGCAUGUCUGCAGAGGAGGUGGAGGGAGGUCAGGAUAUGGCAUUGUACUCAAAUUUGAAUGAAAUAAUGGGUAAGGUUUGAGCACAGUGUGGCUUGAAAUCACAAAAUGAUACAUGUUUAAAAAAGGGUUUUCAGUGCAAACACAAUGGGUGAUUAAACAUUGGCGUAACAUGCAUGCAAGAACAAGAACUACAAACAUAUUGCAUGUUUUUACAGACUAGAAAGUAUGCAUGCAAUCAAUUUGACAUGUUAUUGAAAAACCUUUUAACAAAGCACUGUGCUCUCAGCAUGAAAUUAACCGACCUUAUCAAGCUAAACUGUUGUUUUUUUUGGUAAUCUAACCGCUGUAGGUUACACCUAUUCCAUAUGCAAAACAUUUGUAAUCCUCAGUUUCUGCUUCACAUGGCCGAUCCCCUAUCCACCCACUCUGAACUGCAUGUACAUUUUAUCAGCUAGAAUGAUAGGCUUUUUGUAGCAGUUAGGCUUUCCAUUAUAAUGCAUUGUUAUGUUUGUAGAAAUGCAUGCAGAUAGUAUUGCAUAUUUCAUUACUAUGGAGACAUUGAAGUCGGUCUUAUUAUUGUGUUGUAUAGGGUUUCUUUGUUCAAAUGCUGUUUUCUUCUGUUGUUUAUUAUUCCAUUGAGCAUUUCCAAACAAUUUUCUUUUGUUCAUGAAAAUGAUUAUAGUGCUGGUGUGCAAGGAGAGGGCAUGUUAGCUUUGUGUGUACCAAAGUCUGCAUUUUUACUUUUAGAAUGUAAACAGGUUUUGAUUAUGUAGUAUGUGAAUAUAUGUACAUAUAAUGUCCCAUUUACAGUUGUGUAUAGCUUAUACAACUUAUUUACUUUUUAUAUUACUUAAAACAUAACCAUGUAAGCAGAAAUCCUAUUAAUUUAAUUGACAAUGUGUUAGAAUGUUUUAUUGCCAUUAAGAAACUGUAUGUCAAAGUGUUUUUUGUUAAGAAUGUGAUUGUUUGAAUUGUAUGCCAUGAUCCAAGUCAACAAGAUGCUAGCAUAUACAGAAGUUCAACAACUGUUUUAUACCUGAGAGUUAGAGGAGAAUAGCAAAUCAAUUCACAUGUCUGUGCUAAUAUGAAGCCAUAGAGCCAGCAGAGUUAGCUUAGCUUAGUUUAACCAUUUUAAAUGGGGGAAAAAAGCUAUUGCAACUCCAUGUGAAGUUUAAAAUAAUCCUCAAAAGCACACAAUGUAAGAACUUAGUACAAAAACGAAGAUAAAAGAGCAAUUUGUAGUUUUAGGACCAUUACUAACUAUGUCCAGCCAGCUGCACCAGCUGUUACAGUUGAGAAAGUCCGAACCAGGAUGUGUGUUGGGUGAAUGUUUUCCUUUUUAAUUUACAUUUUACUCAUUGUUAUAAAGCAUAUAUUUGAGCAUGUAUUAAAGCAGUUAACUUUAUCUAACUAUUAGCAUAACAGAGAAACUGCGCAACCUUAACUUGAAGUCCAAUUACUUUGAACUAACUCGCAUAUAUAUUUAAAGGAUGCUUAACACUGUCUUCUGCUGUCACAAACACAGGAAAUAAUUUUGUGAGAGGGUGAGUCUAAAAUGACACACCAGCCAGAUGUUGGAUGGUUUGCAUACUGGGUUCUAAAAAGGGAAGAAAGAAGCUUUUUCUAACAAGAGUACAUUACACAACUUCCUCACAUUUAUUAACUUGACUUUGUUCCUCUUUAUUGGUAAAGCCUUCAGUAUAUGGCCAAACCCAACAUGCAUGUAACAAUGGUUUUCAUAGUAAAGAACAUGAAACUUGUCAUAUUAAACAUUGUGAUUUUUGGGUAUCAUUAAUUAAGGAGGCAAAUCUCUUGAGUGUAUAAAACGUAUAUCAACUAUUUAUACCUAAAUUACAAAAUGUUUGGCUAGUCCUUUUAUUUCAUACACAGCAACCUUUGAGAAACUUCCCACACAAUUAUAAACAAAGACACUUGUUUUAUGCUUUCAGUUUAAUGUAUUCAUACUCUAUACUUAUUUGGGCAUUUUUGUAUUUAUUUUCACUAUUGAAAUUGUUGAGGUACAUAACAAAUGAAACACAUUUGCUAAAGUUCUUCAUGGUCCUACUGGUGAGAUUUGGCAACAUAUUCCUUUCUGCAUGACUGUAAUGCUUAUUAGUGAAACAUUGCAGUUUAAUAAUAAAAACAAUGGGGCUAUUCAAAUGACUCUUUAUUUAAAAA